AUUUGACUAUGCCUUGAGGGAAGAAAAACCUGUGGCACCUGUGGCAGGUGUCACAGGGUAUGCAGAACUCAAGAAGGAGUAUGAUGUUAAGAUGGAAAAGUGGAAUAAGUCCAACCAUAUUGCGCUUCUCAUCAUGAAAGCGACAAUAUCGCCGGACAUUUCUGAAGCACUCCCUAAGAAAGAUACUGCUAAAGAUUUCCUCACUGAAAUGGAGGAGCAAUUUAAAGGCUCCGACAAAGUGUAUGCUCAUGAGCUUUUUGCUAAACUUCUUCAGAAAUACACUAUUGACGGAAAUGUUAGGCAGCACAUAUUGAGGGUGGUAAAUGCUUUCACCAAGCUUAAGGCUUUGGAGUGUUCUUUAAGUGAAGCCCUUCUUGUCAUAAUUAUUCUUGAGUCUCUUCCUGAAGAGUUUGAACAAUUUAAGGUCAACUAUAACUCUCUAAAGGAAAAAUGGCCACUCUCUGAGAUGACCGCAAGGAUCGUCCAGGAGGAAGAAAGGAUCAUGAGGCAGAAGAAAGACCAUGUCUUUCAUGUUGGCUCUAACAAGAGAAAGCAUGACGGACAAGGUUUCCCUAAGCCUCAGAAAAGGCAAGUCAAGAAAGAAGGCACUAAGCCAUUCAACCCUAAGGCAUUCAAGGGUAAAGAAGCCGGUGGUUCUUCUUCUGCUCCUAGCAGCUCCACUGCUGGAGAAAAUGCUUGUAACUUCUGCAAAGAAGAGGGACACUAUCAAAGGGACUGCCCAGGCUUUCUAAAAUGGAUGAACAAAAGAGGGAUUCGAUACGAUCCAAACCAUAAGAGGAGGAACAAGAAAGCUUAAGGUUGCGAACGGAGUUGAGGCCGAUGUUGAAGCUGUGGGAUCUCUCACGUUGGAGCUACACACUGGCCACACUCUUAGAUUGAAUAAUGUUAUUUAUGUGCCUACCUUAAGUAGGAAUUUGAUUUCAG